AUGGCAGCAGUCAUUAAGGAAGCCAUACUUCUCUAUAAAGUCUGUCAAGGAGAGAUCCACGUGAAAUUUAUGCGGGUAGGGAUCCUCGAGAGUACCCUUCAGGUGCUGAAUGGCCUGACUACGGAUCUUCGUCCCGAGCAACGCCGGACUCGCUUCCAGCCGUUAGAAACCAGCCACUGGGCCGGGGCCACGCGCGAGCCAGGCCGACCGCGCUGGAUGGAGGCUCCGCUGCCCCGUUGCCGCCGGCCGCAGGCUCCCCGCUCGCUCACGUUGGGGUCAAGGUCCUCCUCCUCCUCGGCGCCUGCGGCGUCGGCCCGACGCGACGAGAGCUUCUCGCACUGCUCCUGCUGCUUCGCCUCCUUCUCGGCCGCCUUCUUCUCGGCCUUCAGCCACCCACCUCAGCUGUCUGCGGCCACCGCUCAAGAGCCGCCGAGCCGAAGCCGGGCGGCCCCCCGAAAGCAGCCGCCCCAGGGCCAGCAUGGGGAGCCGGCGGAGCUACACUCACUUCUUGCUAAGGCGAGGCUCAGCCUCGCUUGGCUUCGAGAGGCUCGGCGCCGUCGCCAUGUUUGCCGGCCGGAAGCGCACGACGGACUUCCGCCCAGCGAGGAGAGAGCGGACAGACGGAGCCGGGGAGGGCGGGGCCGGGCGUUCACCCGCAGCGCUCAGACCAGCGGGGCGACCCCUCCGGCCGGAAGGCGACGUACACCAAGAGCGCGGCAAACGCCCGGCCGAAGCUGCGCCGGCGCCCGACAAGGAAGUGCCCGAAGCGGCUCUUCCCUCCGGCUGGAGGGGCCUGCAUGCGGGAGAGCGCCGAUGGAGGUGUCGAGGUUGCCCGCGCUCUUCCGGCAAGCCAACCGAGAGUUCGAGCAGGAAGACGGCGAGGGAUCCGGCUGGGCCGAGCCCGCGGCCCCCGCCUCCCCGGGACUUGGCACUUCGAGAGGAAGGCGGCCGCCCCCGGACGUCCAGGUGACUGUGGAGAUCAAUGCAGCCGGCGCCGUGGCCGACAGCCGCCGGUCCCCGGAGCCGGAGGGGCCCCCGGCUGCCCCCGUGGCCCAGGCAGUCGAGGACAUGGAGCGCUUGAUGGGGGAGUUCGGCGUGGACCUAGCCACGGUCACUCAGGCUUUCCUGAAGAACAGCGGAGAAGUGGCCGCCGUGGCCAGCUGCCUGCGCACCGGCCGCCGCUCUGAUGGGCGACCUCUUUGGAACAGACAGGACGAUGAGGACUUGCUGCAAGGCCGAGCGGGAGCCAAGAAUAACUUAGAAACAAAAUAUGGAGUAGGGAAUGUAAAUAAGCGAGUGUUGUUCAGGAGAAGUUUGUGCCAGGAGUGAAAAUCGCCAAAGCUGCUGCAGUAGGGAAGAUUGUCUUCUUCUUUUUUGCAAUUUUAUUUCCAUAGUAAGCUGUUUACUGUUAAUUAGGAUUGCAGCUGUUCUUGAAUGGUCAAUGUGGAUCUGACAAUAAAGUUUUACAGAACAGUCUUA